AACUUAUCAAAAAAUCCCAAGCGACUCGAAUUACUCAUCUUACUUUUCAAGACUUAUUUUCAUUAUUUAAGAAGCCCAAACACAAGCAUGUUCUUCACAUUCUCUCUCCCAAAAUCUCUCUUAAGUUGACCUUGUUCAUAGUUUUCUACACAAAAAUGAAGGUGAAGAUGUUCUUAGAUUCAUUUUUGAGGGUACCCCUCUUGCUUGGAGACAAGCUACAAAAUGAAGUACUAACUUUGGAGGAAGUGGAAUCAAAUAGUUUUCACAAUUCUUGCACUUCACCAAAAAUUUCUUUCCUCCAAGCCACUUUCAAUCUCAUGAAUACUCUAUCAGGAGUUGGGAUUCUAUCCGUUCCCUACGCACUCGCGUCGGGCGGAUGGCUAAGUCUAAUCCUCCUCUUCAUGAUCGCUUUGGCAACGUUUUACACCGGACUGCUGAUCCAGCGAUGUAUGGAUGCCAAGUCUGAUAUAACAACAUAUCCAGAGGUUGGAGAGCUUGCAUUUGGAAGGAAUGGGAAGUUAAUAGUAUCAGUUUUCAUGUAUGUUGAGCUCUACUUGGUUGCCACAGGGUUUCUAAUUCUUGAAGGUGAUAACUUGAACAACAUGUUCCCUAAUGUGGAGUUUGAACUUCUUGGCUUUAUGAUUUCUGGGCAAGCUUUCUUUGUCAUCGUUGUUGCUCUCGUUAUCUUGCCAUCGGUUUGGCUUGAUAACUUGAGUCUUUUGUCUUACAUAUCGGCUAGCGGAGUGCUUGGGUCGGCUGUUAUCAUUGGCUCGGUUUUUUGGUGUGGUGUCUUUGAUGGAAUUGGAUUCCAACAGAAAGGAACUCUCAUCAACUGGAAAGGGAUUUCAAACUCUAUCAGUUUGUAUGCCUUUUGUUAUUGUGCUCAUCCGGUUUUCCCAACGUUGUACACUUCCAUGAAGAACAAACGCCAAUUCUCCAAUGUUCUAACUUUCUGCUUCAUCAUCUGCACUUUUGGCUAUGCCUCCAUGGCUGUAAUGGGAUACGCCAUGUUUGGGUCAGACAUCAAAUCACAAAUAACCUUAAAUCUUCCGACAGGAAAAAUCAGCUCUUUGGUUGCAAUCUACACAACAUUAGUAAACCCCAUAUGCAAAUAUGCAUUAAUGACUGUUCCAAUUGUGAAUGCCAUCAAGAAUCGGUUUCCAAUGAACUACAACACAAAGCCCUUGUCAAUGCUAAUCAGUACCACCUUGUUGGUCAGCAAUAUCAUUGUUGCUCUUGCAAUUCCAUUUUUUGGCUCUCUGAUGUCGCUAGUCGGAGCGUUUCUGAGUGUGACUGCUUCGAUUAUACUGCCGUGCGUGUGUUACUUGAAGAUAUCGGGGAAUUACAAGAGGUUCGGAUUGGAGACGGUGAUAAUAAGUGGAAUCAUAUUGAUAGGCGUUGUAGCUGCCAUUGUUGGCACAUAUGUAGCUAUUGUAGAAAUUGUAGGACAGAUAUAAUUGAUUGUUCUUCUUGAUGCAACUGAAAAUGAUUG